AUGGCGGAAUCUAUCCCCAUUCACAACGCGAUCCUGGCCGUAAAGCCGGUCUGGCGUCAGCUCCAGAGAAAUUCUCAAUGGGACGAUGUCGUCGCGACCUUUCUUGCUUUGCUCGUCACUGUCUACGUCGCACGAGCUCGGAUCAAUGGCAAAGGUCCACACUUCCAUCUUUGGUUUGAAAGGCCUCAAGUGCAUCUAGAUUCCAAGAAGGCCGUUGCAGAGACCAAUAUCGCUCGAGUCUUGAGCGAAUCAGGCAAAGACGUCGUCAUCUUCUUCGGAUCUCAGUCGGGAACGGCACAGCGCUUGGCCUAUCACCUUGGCCAAGUAAUUGAUCGGCGCUUUUCGAAGCAAGUCCUCGUCGUAAACCUGUCAGACUACGAUAGUAGCUCUAUUGCUAUGAUCGAACGCCAGACACUGGUCAUCUUUGUUCUGUCGACUUUCGGCGAAGGCGACCCCCCGGACAAUGCUUUUGCUUUCUCCGAUUGGCUCACAUCUUCUCCGCCUCAAAACUGCCUGGAAGGCAUGAGAUUUGCCAUGUUAGGGCUGGGAAGCAGCAAGUACCUGUCCUACAACCAGUUUGCCAAACAGGCCAACGAGGCUCUGCUCAAGUUUGGCGCCCAGCCAAUCCUUGACCUCUGCCUUGCCGACGACGCUUUCGGAAUGGUAGAUGAAGAUUUCUUUAACUGGUCAACGGAUCUUUUCACAGUGUUUGUGGAAAAACUCAACAUUGCGGAGCAAGCUCGACCUUACACGCCAGCUUUAAAGAUCGAAUUCCUCGACGAGUCAACAACGGAUGACGAAUGGUACAUGCCUCUCCAUGGGAGUGAGGUCCAGAAAGCUACACGAUUGACCCCGGUGUCAUCCAUCAACUGUUUGCCUGUCAAAAAUAUCCGAAUGUUGACGGAGUCCCGCGACCGCAUGUCAAUCCACAUAGAUAUUGAUAUAUCGCGGCACGUGGAGUUAAAAUACAACACAGGUGACCACAUUGCCGUCUGGCCCGAGAAUACAGACGACGAGGUAGAGUCUCUGCGUGUUGCGCUGGGGAUCCCUCAGACCGACAUGAAAAAGCGGCUGAAUAUCGUUGGCCAGGCGACGGGUUCCUGGAAUCCUACCUGGGGCUCGACUUCCAUCCACGCAUCACUCAAAAGACGCAUGGAGAUCGCCGCGCCUGUCUCACGAGAGGUUAUCCGAGACUUGGAACAGUUUGCACCCUCCGAUGCGGCGAAAUCAGCCUUGCGGUCAAUAUCACGGGACAAGGAGACCUAUACACGGCAUCGUGCGUCGAAAAAGGUCACCUUGGCUUCCAUUCUACACCACGCAUCUCCUGACUGUCCUUGGAAAAUCCCUCUUUCAUUCCUUCUCGAGCGAGUCCCUGCACUAAAGCCCCGAUAUUACUCGAUCGCUUCAGCGUCUACUGUUCAACCUCGUCUGGUAUCUCUGACUGUGAGCGUUACUACGCUUCAGCUAGACAGCCCAAACGAAAUUAUCCAUGGCUUGACGUCGUAUUACCUACUUAGCAUGCUGAAUUCGCCAAAGGGCCCUUCCGGGGUGGGGAUGCCUAGCGAUGCACUUCGGACGGCAUAUUGUCACUUCCGUAAAUCCAAGUUUAGAGCACCCGUCUCUCCGUCUCAACCCAUGGUUAUGGUGGCUACCGGAUCUGGAAUCGCUCCGUUCAGAGGUUUUAUCCAGCAUAUUGUCAAGCAAUUCGAGCUCGGCAAGGAAAUCGGGUCGAUGGUUCUCUUCUUUGGUUGCAGGGCCCCAGAAGAACAACUCUACAAGGAAGAAUUCCAGGCCGCUGAGAAGACCCUGUGCGGACGGCUGCGGAUCAUCAUCUCGUAUUCGCGGGCCGGCACAGACAGAGGCUACAUCCAGGACAAGAUCAAAAGGAAACAUGAGCUUUUAGGGCAACUCCUCGUUGACGAGGAUGCUAACAUUUAUAUUUGUGGUUCAUUGAAGAUGUCCCAGGACGUACAAAAGGUUUUGCGCGACAUCCUCUGUCGCAGGCAGCAGUGGACAAACUCCGAGUUCACCAAUUUUGAAGCAAUGAAGAGGAGAACCAAGCGGUGGCAAGAGGACGUUUGGGGUUAG